AUGGACUUCUCAGGCUGCCCAGAUGACGCUUCCUUGGGGCCAUCGGUUCACGGUUGUCGCCGUAGAGAUUUCGAUUUUACUCUAAAAUUUGAAUCCAUAUUCCUUUCUAUCCUUCCUGCAGCUGCUUUCAUUCUACUUGCCGUUAUUCGUCUCGUUUGGCUGAGUCGGGAGCCCGUCAUUGCAAAAGGCCGUGUAUUUCAACUUACAAAACUUGGUCUAAUUGCGGUGUGUGUCGCGCUACGUUUCACCUCAUUUGUCUUGAGCAUCGUUUGGCGAGGCGAGCAAGCAGCUCUCUUCAUAUCAUCUGCUUCAUUAGAAGUCAUCGCCAACGCACUGCUACUUCCCGUCUCUUUCUUCGAACAUGCUCGAUCUCCACGGCCGUCCUUCCUAUUGAGCGGCUAUUUGACCCUUUCUCUUCUCUUCGAUAUCGCACGAGCUAGGUCAUUUUGGCUGGUGGCUGUGACUCUCUCCGAAGAUGCGUUUGCAGGCGUCUUUACGGCUUCCGUCGCCCUAAAGGCCGUCAUCUUUUUAACGGAGUCAUAUAAAAAGACGAGAUGGAUUCAAUGGGGCACAGGCAGUCACAGUCCAGAAGAGACAACGGGAUUCUGGGGAUUGGCCGUCUUCAGCUGGCUUUGGAAACUCUUUGUCCUUGGCCGCAGGAAGGUGUUGAGUUUGAAUGAUCUAUUCCAUCUCGACCACCACAUGUCUAGUGGUGUCUUGAGAGGAAAACUUCAAGCGGCUAUAGAGACAUCCCCAACUCGAGGCCAAAAGAACGGACUUGCCAAAGCCCUCGCCAAGUCGCUAGCAGGACCUUUCUUAUUUCCUGUUGUGCCACGAAUAGCCCUUUCGGCUUUCAAAUUCGGCCAGCCGUUUCUCACCAACUCGCUGCUAUCGUACCUUGAGAUACCAGCAUCCGAGAGGCCGGUUAAUUCUGGCUAUGGCUUGAUCGGGGCUGUAUUCCUUGUGUACUCGGGCAUCGCCGUCUCAACCUCGUUUUAUUAUUAUCUGCGUGAGCGGUCUCUUUGGAUGAUGCGCGGUGCCCUAGCAAGCGUCGUCUACGAGCAUACAAUGCGAUCCAAACUAUCGGUGACCGGCGACUCGGCUGUGCUGACGCUGAUGAGCACGGAUAUCGAGCGUGCCAGAUUUGGCUUCAUGUUUAUCCACGAAUUCUGGGCCAGUGUCCUCGAAAGUGGCAUUGCAUUGUGGCUUUUGUACCGAGAACUUGGCGCCGCCUUUGUUGCGCCUGUUAUUGUUGUUUUCGUCUGCAUCGCUUGCAUCUCAAUCGUAGGUCGUUUAAGCGGCCCAAGGCAAAAUCUUUGGAUGCAAAAGGUUCAAGAAAGGGUUGGCGCCCUCUCUCAUAUCGUCACAAACAUGAAAACCUUCAAAAUAGCCGGCUUGACGGACGCGGCUGAGACAUUACUCCAGCGUCUCCGUGAGACCGAAGUUGGCACUGGCUCUAGUUGGCGGAUGACCAUCAUCAUGGCGGCCAUCAUUGGUUUCGCUCCGUCAAUGAUUAGCCCUUUCAUAACAUUUGCCGUGACAGGAAAAGCUCUUGAUGCUACUCGAAUCUUCACCGCGUUGUCAUUUAUAGUCCUGUUGACGGAUCCUCUAUCUCAGCUGCUUCAAUACGUCCCUCCGCUACUGGCUGCCUUUUCUUGCGUUUCACGCAUUCAAACCUUCCUGGAGCGGGACCCUCGUGAGGACUUCCGUGAGAGUACCGGCUCACUAGAUGGCGUGGAUGUGAAUUCCAAUGAGAAGAGCGAGACCCUUAUACGGAUUACCAAAGGAGACUUUGGUUGGGAAGAGGAUAAAUCCAUCUUGUCCGACAUUGCCCUCGAGAUUCCCGCUCGAUCUCUUACCAUUGUGAUUGGGCCGAUCGCCUGUGGAAAGUCAACCCUACUCAAAGUUUUGCUGGGCGAGACUCCGUUCCACAGCGGCCGUGUUCUUAUAGGACCCGAAACCCGUGGCAUCGGCUUUUGCGACCAAACCGCUUUUCUCACGAACGAAACUGUGAGAGACAACAUCCUUGGUUAUGUCCCAUUUGAUCAGGCCAGAUAUGAUGAAGUCCUUGAGGCAGCCCUGCUUCUUCCAGAUAUUGCCACUUUCCCGCAAGGCGACCUUACAAAGGUAGGAAGCGGCGGCGUAACGUUAAGUGGUGGACAAAAACAGAGAGUAUCGAUGGCACGCGCUCUAUACUCGAAUUCCAGCCUAUUCAUCUUCGACGAUACGCUCAGUGGCCUGGAUGCCGAUACUGAGGAGCAAGUGUUUCGACGGGUCUUCGCUCCUGGUGGUCUCAUUCGUCGCCGAAAUGCAACGGCGAUUCUGUCUACGCACUCUGUACGGCAUUUGCCGUCUGCAGACCACAUUAUUGCACUUAGUCCAGAGGGCCUGAUUGCUGAACAAGGGACUUUUCAUGACCUCGACGCUCUUGGCGGGUAUGUGAACAGUCUGAAAAUACAAUCUGCCAAUAAAUCCGCAGACGAUGUGACUUUGGACUCUUCGAAUAGUCCUCCUAGCGGCGAGAACGACGAGAACUUGACGCGUUCUAAAACACGGAAGCCUCCGCCACCAAUGUGGACUGCGGCAGAUGAGAGCAGCAGGCAGACCGGAGACGUAGCUGUGUAUAAACACUAUGCUACGAGUAUGAAGCGAAUUACACUUAUAUCGUUCCUACUGGCUUGUGUAGCAUUAGCAGUCUUCUACAACUUCCCACAGGUCUGGCUAAACUUUUGGUCUGUCGACUUGGCUUCUUCUCACAGGGCUCACUCUCAGGCAUACUGGCUGGGCAUCUAUGCUUUAUUCCUCAUUCUCAGCCUGACGUUCAUCGGCCUGAUCUGCCUCCUGGUUUUCAGAUUCAUGACGGCCCAGUCCGGCAUUACUCUUCAUCAUCAGACAUUACGGGCUGUUAUUGGCGCGCCUCUGCGGUUUUUCACAAACGUAGAUGCUGGCGUUGUGAUAAAUCUCUUUUCCCAAGACAUUUCGCUUAUAGAUAUGGAGCUCCCACAGUCCCUUCUCAACGCUACGGUAGAGUUAUUCAUUUUGAUCGGAAUGGCUGUGGUUGUUGCUACAGCCUCGCCUUACAUCGCCGCCAGUUACCCCUUCUUCGCUGCACUGAUGUGGUUGGUCCAGAAGCUCUACUUGCCCACCUCUCGACAGCUUCGUUUGUUGGAUUUGGAAACCAAAGCUCCCUUAUAUACACACUUUACAGACACAGUUGCUGGCGUGGCAACUCUCCGUGCCUUUGGCUGGACACAGGAGAGCCUUGAUUUCAAUUUGACACUCCUAGACAACUCUCAACGCCCCGCAUAUCUCCUCGCCAUGGUUCAGCACUGCCUCACCUUUAUUCUUUCCUCUGUUGUCACAGCGGUAGCCACGUUGGUCGUGGUUCUAACCACCCAAGUCAAGGCGGUCACAGGUCCUGGGCUAACCGGAGCUUCAAUGGUGACCCUCAUGUCACUCGGAAACUUCAUCUCACAUCUGAUUGUCAUGUAUACUCAGGUGGAGAUAUCCCUCGGGGCUGUGAGCCGGUUGAAAUCCUUCCACGACACGGUGCUGCCGGAGAGUACCCCCGAAGAGGACGCGGAAUUGCCUCUGCUAUGGCCAUGGCGUGGAGCGGUGGAUAUUCAGGACGUCUCAGCUUCUUACAGUGUCCCUGUUCAGCCUACAGAGUCAGAGAACUCGGGAAUAGACCCUGCAGAUUUGGUCUUGAAAAAUAUUAACAUGAGCACUGCGCCUGGUGAGAAGAUUGCUAUUUGCGGACGCAGUGGAAGCGGUAAAUCCUCUCUAUUUCUCCUGUUGCUUCGCCUGUUUGAUCCCUUAGCUGGGUCUGCGGAUGGAAUCACCAUUGAUGGCAUACCGUUGCGCCGAGUCAAGCGCUCCUCCCUGCGAGAACGCGUAAUCGCUGUGCCACAAGACUCCGUCUUCUUUCCAGAUGGCCACUCUUUCAAAACAAACCUCGAUCCUUCCAAUCUAUCGACUGAGAGCGAUUGCAAAGAGGUCCUUGGUGCAGUGGGACUUUGGCAGGUCGUUGUAGACCACGGUGGGUUAGACUCCAGCCUGUCUACCAACAUGCUCUCCCAUGGCCAGAGGCAGUUGUUUGGCUUGGCCCGAGCAAUCCUUCGACGACGCAUUCGCAGCAGUGCUGCUCGUUCCCAAACCCUUCAUACAGACGAGUACCCGAACAGUCUCUUUGAAAAGGAAGGCGACGUUGGUGGUCUGUUGCUGUUGGAUGAGGUGGGAUCGUCUGUGGAUAAAGAUACGGAGCGCACGAUGCAGGCUCUCAUCCGACAGGAAUUUGCGGAAUACACCACAAUAAUGAUAUCCCACCGACUGGAUGCCGUAAUGGAUUUUGACCGCGUGCUUGUCAUGGAUCGCGGGCAGAUCGUGGAGUCUGGACGUCCUCGCGAAUUGGUCCAACAGGAGAGCAGCAUGUUUAAGAAUCUGUGGGCUGUAAGCGGAGCCCGUUCAUAG